GUGCCCUUAAUUAAUUAAAAAUAACAUGUUUUAAGUAACCAUUGAGUAGGCUAUUUAUGAAAAAAUAAACAUAACAUGUAUAUAAGUUGAAUGUUUGUAAUGAUUUUGUGCUGCAUCAGAUAUGCAUACCCUCAUAAGUGGGAGUUAGAAUAUCCCAACAUAAACAUAAACAGAGCAAGAGUAAGAUGGGGGAUGAGUUGUUUCAGUACCGCAGCGUUUGAAAUUGUGCCAAGAUGCAUAUCGUAUGUGGUUGUCUACUUGAAGGGUCAUGAGAGGAAGUUUACCAGGACAUUCACUGUAAGUAAGCCUGAAGAUCAAAGCACCAUGGCCGAGGCACUACAUAUACCCCACUCAGCAGGAGAUGCCUAUAGCAAACCAUCAAAAGAACUGCCAUCUACCAUCAGGAAAGUCCCUUCUGAAUCUACCAUGCCCCAGGAGAUGAAUGACCAGAUCCCCAUGAGCUCGUGUUCCAAAAAUGAUCCUUAUAAGGCAUUAGAACGAUCUCAGUCUGCUGCCGUCCUGCACUCGCCCCAGGACACACCAGGACCCGACGACAGCAAUCUGGAGAGGCUUCAUGAUGACUGUAGCGGCAAUGUCUCCGAGUGUUCCAAGGUCUACAUGGAUCUCUCGAAGGCCGAAGCUUAUGAGAAGGUUGAGCUUGAAUCUGGCAGUGGGAGCAUGAUGAGGAUGUCUUCAGGGCGGUUUCUGGAGACCAUCGUGCAGGACGAGGAACUCAGCACGGGUGAUCUCUCCCACGUGUAUGCCAGCCAGCGGUCUCUCUCGGAUGACAGCACUCCGAACUUGGGCGGCAGCAGCGAGGACCUGACUGGAAAUGAAUACUCGUCAUCGGAGUCUUCAUCAUCGGUGAUAUUUGUUGAGACGUCAGUGUGUCAGUUGCUGAAGAAGAAGGACAAAGCCAAUCUGAAGUCGUCCUUCCAGGUCUACUCCCAUUCGCUGAAGCAGAAGAUCAAGCAACUUCAGAUUGGAUCUGUUCCGGAGCAGGUGGUCGCCCUUCAGGAAUUGAACAUUCUGUUGGAGCAAGCCUGGUCCAUGCCUGUCUAUGGCCGGGACCUGGCUUACAGCCUGUGUGAUAUCAUUCGAAAUGAAAAAGCUUUUGAUAUAAUUAUAAACAACUGUGCUUCUUCCAACAGAGACUUACUUAAAGUCUCGGCUAAUCUUCUCGAACAGACCUUGACAACCGAGAAUCGUAAACAGUUGGCCAACAACGGCCUUGAAACGGUCAUCAGAAUGAUCUGCGAGGCUCGUGGCAACUGUGAUCUGGCUCGCCCGACGACCGGUAUUCUCGUGAGUCUGUUCAAGAUUUCUGAAGAAACAUGCACCAAAGUCAUUAGUCUUGGUGGUUUAGACGUUAUCAUCUACUGGUGCCGAUGCAGUGAUCGCUUGACUCUCAGACACUGCGCCAUGGCCCUGGCGAACCUUGCCCUGUAUGGAGGCCCCGAAAACCAGUACGCCAUGGCCCACAAUAAAGUUCCAGAGUGGCUGUUUCCAUUGGCAUUCAUCGACGAUGACAGUGUGCGAUAUUAUGCCUGCCUUUCGAUCGCUGUGCUUGUGGCGAACAAAGAGAUUGAAAACGUUGUUGAAAGUUCCGGCACUCUUGACCUAGUUUUGCCAUUUCUGGCCAAUCAUGACCCGGCCGACUUUGCCAGGAUGGAUAAAUCUCACCAACAUGGGCGGUCCCUCGGGUGGCUGAAACGACUCGUUCCCAUACUGUCCAGCAAGCGAGAGGAAGCCCAAGCUUUGGCAGCUUUCCAUUUUGCCAUGGAGGCUGGAAUCAAGUCAGAGCAAAAUAGAAAAGAGGAGCUGUACAAAGUGGGCUGUGUUGAGCCACUCAAGCGCAUGGCGGGUGCCCCUAACACGAUUGCCUCCAAACUGGCGGGUAUUGCACUGCAUAUCAUUGGAGAAGAAAUUCCACACAAACUGUCGACACAGGUACCACUCUGGACUGUGGAGGAUGUCACAUAUUGGGUGUCACAGGUUGGAUUUGAGGACUACUCAGCCGAUUUUGAGACAUGUCAGGUGGACGGAGAUCUUCUGCUGCGACUGACAGACGAUGAGUUGUCAGACAGUCUGCACAUGGCGUGCAAGAUCACCAGAAAGAGAUUUCUCAGGGAGCUGAAAGACCUGAAGGUCACGGCCAACUAUACAUCAUGUGACCCAAGCAAGCUUGCUGAUUGGCUGCUGGAACUUGGUCCUGACUUUUCCCAGUACACCUACCAGCUGUUACACAGUGGGGUGGACAAGACAGUGCUGCCCUCACUGACAGACGAUCUACUUAAAGAUUGUGGUAUCGUCAAUGGUAUCCACCGAAUGCUCAUUCUUCAGAAGAUAAAAGGCAAAUAUUUUACUCCUCAGUUCCUGGUUUGUUUUUCAGGUGUGAGUACACCAGGUCAUGUGUCGUCUGAUCUGGAUGUUCCAGACAGUUUCCAGAAUAAAAGUAUCGAUGCCUUUAUCAGCUACAGGAGGUCAAAUGGCUCGCAGUUAGCCAGUUUACUAAAAGUCCAUCUUCAGCUACGAGGUUUUUCGGUGUUUAUUGAUAUUGAACGGCUCCGUGCCGGCAAAUUUGAUGAAAACCUGUUACUGAGUGUGAGGAUGGCUAAAAACUUUAUCAUUGUGUUGACGCCCAACGCCUUGGACCGGUGUAUGGGAGAUGAUGACAAGUCAGAUUGGGUCCAUAAGGAAAUUGUUGCAGCUAUGGACAGUGGGUGCAAGAUUAUACCAUUGUUGGACAACUUUGAGUGGCCUUCAUCCAACACACUUCCAGACGAUCUUAACAAUUUAAGAUUCUUUAAUGGAAUCAGGUGGAUUCACGAUUACCAGGACGCAUGUGUGGACAAACUGGAACAGUUCCUGAGAGGAGAAAUUAGCCCCAGUCUUCCCGAGAAACACAACAAUCCUCUGUUGGCUAAAACAAAACCAGGAACUGUGGAGCGGGGUGCGGCCAGUCACCAGACUCCCAAAGCUAGUGACAGUCACACACCACCGAGUUCUGCAACCAGCUGAUGUUGGUAGAAAAAUGCUCUUCACAAAUUGAAAAGCACCUUGUUUAAUGUACCACCUGUGGAUACAGAUUGAAAUAUGUGUUAUUUAGGGCCAGUGGAUGACCCUUGUAGACAGUUUCACAAGUCAGACCUGGGGCCUAAUUCACUAAACUCUCGCAACUUUGUGAUCUCGCAGUGUAAUGCUAAAAGACUUGCAAAGAGGAUGCUUUGUUGUCUAGUCUAGCAGAGCCUAAGAGACCUUUGUGAAUUGGGCCCUUGCUUAAAAUGGCCAUUUUCAUGAAGCGCCCACAAGUCGUAAAAUACCAUAUUACCUUCCCAAAAUAUUGAAAUUUACUACAGAUAGACAAGUCUGAGAAUUCGUUUUGUGGAAUGAAAGCAGGCUCUGCUUUGGACAUUACAAUCAACAAGCAAAUGGUAGAAACUGAGAUGAAGGUCUUUAUCGCUUUGUACUGAUAUAAACUUUACUGUGAUUGUUUUUGUAAAUUUAAAGUAAUAAUUUUCUUUUUCUUUUUACUAUAUCAAAUUUUUAUUUUGGUCAUCCUAAUUUUGACAUAAUUAGCACUAAUUUCCUAAUCUCAGUUACACAAUGCUUUUAAGAUGGAACGUGAAAGUUGCUUUUGAAAUGAAUUAAAUCAGAAAGCAUUUUGUUUAUUUUGAAUUGCAAUUGCUUCAUGCUUCCUUUCAAUUUUGAACUUAGCAUAGAUUCAUGUUAAGCAGGCAUCUGUAGGCUGUCGAUUCUCCCAAAUCCUGAAAUUUAGUACAGAUUGAACUGUAUUAAGCAGCUACCUGACUUAAGAGGCCAUUUUACCGUUUGCUCAUAUCAUGAAACAUAACACAAAACACAACCUGUUUUAAGCAGCCAUUGGUCCUAAAAGAUUAUCUCAUCUUCCUCCCAAAUCAUGUACAGUACAGUCUGACCUGUAUUAAGUAGUCGCCUGUCUUAAGAACCAAAAUUGUAAACCCUUUUGGGUGGCUGUUUAACACAGAUUUGACUACAUUUAUUAGAAUUUUACUCAUAUACAGUGUAUGUUGAAGACAAGUCCUCCGAUUCAAGUCUCACUUUAGCAAUGUUGAAAAGUGUGAUAACAGGUAUGCUUUUACAACAGUGGACGGCAUCAACUUUCAUGUUUUGCUCUUCACAAAGUCUUUGUGUUUAGAUCCAUUUUUUCAAAUUUGAUUCUGGAUUUUCUAAACUUAAGUGAUAUUUCACAAGUUUCUGUUUUUGAUUGAAAACAUUUUAUUGUACGAAGAACAAAGGAAUCAGGCACAAGUUUGUGACAGUCUGGAUGUUGAUUUGCAAUGUCACAAAAUGAUUUCUACUUAUAAUUUUGCAGUGACUUUGUUAUUUACCAGUGGUGGGUUAUUAUUGUUUUUUCUUCUUUUAAAAACAUAAUCUUACCAAUUAUUAAAUAAUAUUUAUUCUUGUGUACUUCUUUCCAAUGUGUACUUCUUUCCAAUAUUCCAUUGUUUAUUCUUCAGAAAAUAGUGUAUAGAAAAUGCCUGGAUAUGACACCAAAUUUAUUACAAAGGUUGAAAUUAUCUUUAAUUAUUAUUAUGAUAGUUUAGAGGCUCUGAUUUAAAAUAAGAGGUUCAGCUUCUCAUAAUAUUGGGCAAUAUUUGGUGUCAGCAGUGAGCAGAAAAUUAAAAAUCUGAAAAUUAAACAAGAAUUCCAUGGAAUUAAAUGUCUUGCCUACCAUAAAAUAUUUUGGUGCAGUUUGAUGAAAAUCCAUAGGUGCAACUAUAAACCAAGUUUAAUUGACCUAGGACUUAUAGUUUGUGAGAAACUGAUUUAAAUGUAAAACUUAAUGUUAAACUUUUAACUCAAAAGUUGCCAUCACCGCUACUGAAAAGGUAAUACCUAUACUGCACCGUUUUUUUGCUUUGUUAAGGCGAGAUAAAAAGCUAGAAAAUCCUUGACCGAAAAAAAAAACCCCAGGUUUUAAUUAAACUGUUUUUACCAUUAAUUAGAAUUGUUAAAGGGUAGAAAUGGGCAAGGUUAUGGAAUGUACAUCCGGUAUGUAUAUAAAUUAAACUGUCAUGUCAAAAUCACCAUUAUCAUGAAAACAGGAUUAAUCAACUGACAUAAAUACUUCACCUUGAUAAUUUAUUAGGGACAGAAUGAAUGUCAAUAUUUCUCUGUGGUUGCUUGUCAGUGGUUUGACAGUUGAAAAUAACACACAUUGUUAAGGUCACAUCAAGCACGUACACGCACUCAUCAUGUAGUGUUCAUUUCUCUGCAGUUUAAUGUUUGUAGUAUUUCACUAAUACAAUUGUAUGUUUGUAUCAUUUUUUAUUUUAGUUUUUCUGUGUCUUUUGAUUUCUAGUGCUCGAGUUUAUUUCAAUAUUGAUUUAUCUACAGUGUAAUAUUAUUACAAGUGACAUUUAAAUUAUUACUUUUUACUUUU